GGAACGAUGAACGUCCACACCUGGACAAUGCCAAUCAGCAGGUCAGUGGCUCAAGCCUAGUUUAAAUCCAGGAGGUCGACCAAUCGCAAAGAUCGAAAAGGUGAUUUGUACGGAGACAGUAGCGAUAGUCGCACAUCCUUGGUUUGAGGGCCAUAGCGUGCGCCAACCAUGCCGGCACCCCAGAAGUGAACCCCAGAUUCACACGCGAGGACACAUACCCCAAUGUUUUCCCACCAGCGUCUGCCAUUUGUCCUCCAUCUUGCAUGAGGCUCACUGCGUGGCUAGGCCGCGCGAAACGCCUCUGCAAAUCAAACAGACUUGGCUCCAAGUCGACUUCCGAAGGAAGGCACCAAUCUUGCAGACAGUACCAUAUUAACACCCAAAUUGGGUCGUGGCGAGAACCCUGAUACAGCGGGAAACUCCCCGAGCUUUGUCAGACUCGACCAUGCAGGAACCACAGAACGAUGCUGCGCAAGCCCCUGUGCCACCAAAAAGGGCUACUGCUUGCGAUUUCUGCAGGACGAAGAAAAUACGUUGUGUUGGCGACGAUCCGUGCAGCAAUUGCAUCGAGCAUAGAGUUGAGUGUGUGUUCAGCCCACGACAGCGACGGCAGAAAAGAAGUCGCGAAGGUUUGCCUUCAUUGGCACGUAGGCUGGCUCGUUUCAAGGACCUGUUGGAAGCGGCAAGGACAUCUACCGACGAUUACAAGCAGCUCUCGGACAUUCUCGGCGCGAAAACAAGAGAUCAUCCUCUGCACUCAACACUGGGCAUCGAUCAGCCACAACAAAGUGCUCCCGAGAUGAGUCAACAACAACUCCAAUCUACACUCGAUGUCGGCGAGCGCCAUAUAGUCUCCGGUGAAGCAGUCGAGUCCUAUCAGCAUUACGUAGAACCGCCACCACGGAGCCAAUUGCCACGUCCUGUGAUCGAGACGCCAUCACACAUUAGCACCAACGAGGCGCCGUGGGAACGCCUGGAGAGCCCCAACCUAUCAACAUCCAUGGAUGAUCGUGAAGACGUGGGCGGCUAUCACACGUUUCAAGACGACAUCGUCUAUUGGGGUCGAAGUAGCAUGGCAAUCUGCUCACAAGCAGGUAUAGCCUGGGUCAAGGACAGGGUGAAACAGCCUGAUUUCAAACCAACUGCGAACCGGUUCACUCAGGAUGUCGCACGACGACUAAAGAUGGAGAAGAAGCCAGCCAAGGCGCGGAAAGAGGAACCGGGUCUUGAGGACGCCCUCAAAUUCACCCAGGCAUAUUUUGAAGAAGCCACGGAGGCCGCCCUUGGGAUAGUGAGACGCUCGUGCUUUGAGACCAGGCUCCGGUCAUCCUAUCUCAGUUCAACAAGCGACGAUGACCCGUCAUGGUACGCCCUGCGCAAUGUCAUUUUUGCAUCGGGAUGUCGAUUGAUGCGAUCUCGUGAUAAAGGAUAUACCGAGGCCCACCAAGAGUCAUGGUCUUAUUUCGAGAAUGCACUCUCCGUGCAUGCCGAGUUGCUCUACUUUCGCACCUCGGUAGUGGGCGUACAGGCUUUGACUCUGAUGGCCUACUUUUCCGAGGCGGUUUCCUGCCGAAUGUUGCAGUAUAUGCUCGUUGCCAAUGCAUAUCGUCUUGCAUGCGGGCAAGGAUUGCAUGUACAACCUGUGCCUUCCUGGAAUCUAUCGGAGGAAGAGAAGUCUUUGCGACAAUGCGUAUUUUGGGCCAUCUACUGCCUCGAUAAACAAAUCGCCUGUCGCUCCGGGCGUCCUGGUUUAAUUGAUGACGAAGAAAUCAACUGCCAGCUUCCAACAUCUGGACGAUCAGAUGACUCAGUCAAUGUUAGGUACACGCAAGCGUGCAUAGAAAUCAACCAUCUUGCCUCAAGAAUCCGGAAAAUGCUCUUCACGGCAUCCGCGUGGCGCCAGGCGCCGGAAAAUCUGGUCAACAACGUUACGAUGCUUCAAAUGAAGCUCGAUGCACUUCGAGCCAACCUGAAAGCUCAAUGCCAGAUCGACCUUCCGUUGAAGAUCACGAAACCACCAGCCGGCCUCGAUAUGCAGCAAGCUUUAUCGAUACAGUUUCUUUACUACAACUUGGUAUGGGAUAUACAUACAACUCUGGCACAUCCGUGGUUCCGCGGUACCGGACUUGAUCGACAUCCAGAUUUUCAGCUCCAGAUCGCUCAGUCUUGCUCGAUUGUAGCAGAGACAUCAAGGGCAGCGAUCCUUGAUUGCAGGUUCAUUCAGCUCGAUGCGAGUUGUCCAAUGCCGUAAGUAGAUGCCCGGCUGUUUGACAAGGAUCAUGGACUGACACAUUCUAGGGUUGCAUACUAUACUCCUUUGU